AUGGCACAAACAGACGGUCUUGCGUUCAAUAUCGGGGCCUUCACAUCAACCCUGUUCCUGCUCGAGUUCGGUGCUGACAAGUUCAUCACUCAUACCGCCGCCGUCGCAAGCCGCAUCGGCGUGUCCGAGUUGAUCAUCAGCCUCCUCACAGCAGGCGCAGAAUGGGAAGAGCUUGCUGUCGUCGUCGCGUCUCUGGCGCAGGGCCGCUCUUCAUUGGCAAUGGGGAACGUGAUUGGCGCUGCCAUUUCCAACAUCCUCGGCGCUUUCUCUCUCGGUCUGUUAUGUUGUGAGAAGGGGAAAACGGUCGAGUUCGACAGGAGCUCUCAGAUCUAUUCUCUCUUGACUCUCGCCUUGACAACGGCAGUGGCUCCGGCCAUCUACUUCUCGACGAGAAUCACCUGGUUAGUUUGCGGGCCACUUUUGGUGGUGGCGUUCGGCUUCUAUUUCGUACUCAUCGCUGUGGCCAUUGGUCGAGGGGUCCUCACGGCGCCAGAGGACUCGGACGCCAGCGAUGAAGAUGGAGAUGAAGAUGAAGCUGAAGAUGACGACGCGAGAUCUAUGGCGAGUUCGAGAGGCUUGCUCGCCAACAGCCCUGGCACAUCCGUGAGGGCACACCCACACCGCGAUCGUCACCGGCUCGCGUAUCAUAGCCUUUAUCUGGCUUUUGGGUUCCUUGCCAUAUGCCUUGCCGGCUACGUAAUUUCCCAAGCAGCAAUGAACAUCAUUGACCGGCUCGGCAUCUCCGACAUUCUCUUCAGCGUCAUCAUCAUUGCCAUCGCCACAACGCUGCCUGAGAAGUUCGUCGCUGUUGUGAGUGGCUACCGCGGCCACCCAGGGAUUCUUGUAGCCAACUGUGCCGGGAGCAACAUUUUUCUUUUAUCACUUUGUUGCGGCAUCAUCAUGAUCGACACAAAGGGUGACUUGGAUGGAGGCAAUGUGGCCGUCUCGGAGUUGGUUGUCUUGUGGGCUUCAACGGCUGCGUUUACAGCGACGGUUUGGUUCGGGGCGGGCUUCCCCCGCUGGAUCGGAGGAUUCAUGAUUGUUUGCUACAUUGCAUUUAUCGUGUUGGAGUUUACCGUCAUUCACGGAGUGGCAGAUUAG